AUGCUCUCGGUGGCCCGUACGAUCUCGGUCAGAUCAGCUCACUCGUCGGCAUUCAAUGUUAUCUUAGAAAAUCGGCAGAAGGUCAUGGAAGAGCUCGAGAAGGAUGGUCUCGAUGCCGACCUUUUCACUGCCCUCGAUAAUAUCGAAGAUGCAGUUAAGAGUCGAAAAAAGGAGCUGAAAAGACCUAAGAACGAAACCUCUGAGGAACAAGGCAGAGUACUCCUUGAAGAGGUUCCCGAGGCUUCUGCGGAGUCCAAAGAGACGGGUGCGUAUGUCCCCCCUCAUCUUCGAGCGCGGAGGUCCACAACGACGGCAGAGGAAGAGCGCUUGCUGAAGUUGAGUAAAAUUCGUGGACUUGUGAACAAACUGAGUGAAGGCAACAUCGAAUUGAUUACCGCUGAGAUCGUCAGUUUACUCAACGACGACGACCCCACCAUCGUAGAUGGGUACGCCCGCGAGUUCGUGGACAGCGCGAUUGGGAAUCCGCACAUAUCUCUCACCCUCCUCGGCACGUAUUGCGCUCAUAUAGUUGCCAUUACGAUGCUCUCUGGUGGCCGUCCUCUCGCCACAGUCAUUGAGCUCAUCGGAGCCUUCGUGCGGGAGAAUCUUCCUAAUGUUUCGGAUGAUACUGCCGGUUCUGUGAAGGCGCAGAUCAGCAAUUGUUGUAAAGUGAUUGCUUUGGUGUUCACGUUCGGAGCCGUCAGCCCGAAUGUGGUGAUCGAUUUGAUUCGCUUCAUUUUCACUCCCAACGAUAUGCAUCGGCUCGAUUUGGUCCUCGUAGUUCUGAGAUUCGCCGGGAGGAAACUGCGAAAAGAUAAUCUCCAAGAUUUUUCAGAGAUUUUGGAAGUCUUGACGAAGGACUCUAAUGUGGCGGGCGAGGCCAGCGGAAAAUAUCAGUUCCUUUUGGGCGAGCUCGAAAACUUGAGGAACAACAAAGUCAACUUCACGGCUCUGUCGCAUUUUGAGGCAAAUUUUGGUUGGUUGAAGUCGUCGAAUAUACUAAAAGGUCGGGGAACUCCGGAAGAUUCCCUCUUGCAAGUUCCCGUGAACAUGUUCGAUCCGGAGCAGGUUGACAGGCUAAAGGACACUCCCUGGUGGCGAGGCGCCUCUGGGGGGAUCAGAGUCACCGCCACCACCUCUAAAGCUGAGGACAGUGAACACGCUAGAUUGUUGAAGUUGGCGGCUAAAAUGAAGAUGAACACGGAUUUGCGAAAGUCUAUUUUCAUAGCACUCAUGGGCGCGGAAGACUACAAACAUGCGGUGUUCCGGUUGGGGCAGGUCAUCGGUUCUCGACCGAAGUUGGUGCCUCAAGUUGCG